UCAAUUUUCGUUUCUAUGUGACGACAAGUUAGCAUCAAAAAUGGCCGACGAUUUCAUCAAAUUUUGAAUCAGAUACUUUAAAGACUAAAUAAAAACGUUGCUGUUUACUUCUUUAACUUAAAUACGCCAUCUUCAUCAAAAUGGCAUCGUCGAUAUAUAGGAAAAAACAUGGUGGUACAGUAAAAAUUCACGAUAAAGCUGUAGUGGACCAUGUUGUAGGUGACAGUGAAAAUGCAAAAGCAGAAAUUGAAAACAAAUGCACUGCUUACAAAGAUAUGUUUGAUAAGGAAUCAAGCAAAUUUUCAACAAAAUCAGAGUUCAUCAAUGAGUGUUUACCUAAAGUUGAAUCCAAAAGAAGUAUGACAGGUCAGUCCAGAAACUCUAGGAGCUCAUCGAAUCUUCAAGACCAAUCCCUUAAAUUACAAAAUUGGAUUGAUAAAAAGACUAUUAAAGAACUACAGGAGAGAGCUGAUACUGAAAGUCUUGAAACAAAAAAGUUGUAUUCAGAACUAAUGGAAACAGAGCAAACUUUUGUAAAGAAACUAGAUGAACUACUGUCACACAAAGAUCUUGUUGAUCUUCGUAGAAAAGAGCUACUUUAUUUACAAUGGUCGGAAGAAGUGUAUGAGCCUAUAAGAAAAAAAAUACUUCAAGCUAUAGAUGGUUCUGAAUGGUCAAAGCUUGACAGGCGCAAGAGAGAAUUACACAAGCAAUUUUUGGAGCAUGUCAAUAAGCGAGGCCAUGUAUUUUUGGAAGAUGAUGAUAAAGAGCAGUACUAUGCCCAAGCACUUAAUGAUUCCCGUCCAGCACCUAUAAAGAUUAAAACUGAAGCUCUUAGAGAUCCUUUGCUCACACUUGGUAGAAAAAAAGCUGAAGAGGAGCGAACAAUCCUUCGCUGUAUGACAGGACAACAUUACACAGAUGAGGAUAUCGAAAAGGUUAAAUUACCACCACUACCUCUUGUUCCUUUGGGUAGACAUGGUGUCAACAGUCGCAAAUGGCUACAGAUGCCUCUAAAUAACAUUGAAAGUGAAAUUCGCCAGAGAAGAAGGCAAAACCAACAACAGCAGAAGGGAGAAAUGCUAAAAGGAAUCGAAUGCUUGGAAUCAACACAAAAUCAGUCAUUGACUUCGGCGCAUGGUCAUUGGCAGAAUUUGAUGCAAAGAUUACUGAACAAGAACUUCAAAUCCCAAAGAAACGAAUAUUUGCAGAAAAGCCCCCUUAUGGGAAACCACCAGCCGAAGUACAGAAAGCACCCUUUAUUGACCCGGAGGAAUUUGCAGACAAAAUCGUCAACACAAAUCCAUUUCCAGCGCACAUAGCCAGACUUAAAGCUGAGGCAGAAGAAAUGCGUGAAUAUUAUAAAUACCAACAAGAACAGUAUGAGCGGUUCUUGCAAGAACAACCUUAUUACAUGGAGGACCAGAUGACUCAACAGACAUCAGAUCAAUUGCAACAGAUUGUAACAGCUUAAUAUAGAGUUUUACUUUGAAAACGUGUUUAUAAAAAUGG